AUGCAGCAAUCACUUCAAAUAGCGCUCCUAACACUUUUGUCGCACUUUUUGUUUGUUGUUGAUGGCGAGCUAAGUUGCAAGGAUAUGCGCGUGAAUGCGACACGUCUUUCCGCCACUUGCUGUCAGCUGACGCGUCCCAGUCUCGAUACGGGCAACGAAGAUUGUCGCGCUGAACUGAAGUUGCCACAAAAGCGACGCUUUUCAUUUGUCGAGCAGUAUACCAUCAACAUGUGCGUGGAGGAGUGCAACUUUAUUGGCUCUGGCUAUAUAGACGUGGAUCCACCCUAUCGCCUGGAUAUUGGUCGGAUAAGGACGAACUUGAAGAGCACUCUGCCAGAGCCGCAGGCCACAAGUGUGCCAUUUAUGGUCAAGGCCUACACCAAGUGCGAAGUUUUUCUCGAGCUGCACGGAACGCACUUUGCGCUGCAUCUACCGGAACUUGAGUUCAUCAAGAACCCGUGCAAACCCUUCUCGCUGCACAUCACCAUCUGUGUGCGCAUGCACGCGAUGCAAAAAUGCCCCAAGGAGUUCUACGCGAACAGCGCCCAAUGCCAAAUGGCUCAAAAGUAUUUCACGCAGUGCAUGGACGACAUUGAAACCAGUGUAGGAUAG